AUGCGGAAAGAUUCUGGCAUGAGCGAUUUCGUUGUUUCUGACGAACGUUUAAAGAAUAUAACGUUGUCGAAAAUCGAAAAAUUCCUUCUUCGUAAUGGAUCCAGCUUGCACAGGUUCUCACCAAUGCCUUAUCCUGAUGAUGACUACCUAAUGUCCGAGACCAACCGUUUGAUAAACGAGGAGCUUUCUUUUGACACGGAUGAAGUUACGGUUGAGUUCAAUAAUCUUCACAGGUGUCUAAACGGCGAUCAAAGAGCAGUGUAUAAUGAAAUUAUGGAUGCUGUUCGGAUUGGUAAGGGUGGUGUGUUUUUUGUGUACGGUUAUGGUGGUACGGGCAAGACUUUUCUGUGGAAAACUUUAGGUGCUUCCAUUAGAUGCAAUGGACAGAUUGUUAUUAAUGUCGCUUCAAGCGGUAUUGCAUCUUUGUUGUUAUCACGAGGUCGUACUGCUCACUCUCGAUUUCAUAUUCCAAUUAAUGUCAAUGAAGAUUCGGUAUGCCAUAUAAAGCCUAAUACUGAAAUCGCGAAUCUUCUAUAUGAAGCCAAGUUGAUUAUCUGGGACGAGGCACCGAUGAUACACAAACAUGCUUUCGAGGCUCUUGAUCGUACAAUGAAGGAUGUUUUGAGUGUUUUUGAUUCACGAAAUUUAGAACUUCCAUUUGGUGGGAAAGCUAUCGUCUUUGGUGGUGACUUUAGACAAAUCCUACCUGUUGUACAAAAUGGAAGCAGGCAAGAUAUCGUAAACGCCUCUUUAUGUUCAUCCCACAUCUGGUCCAGUUGCAAGGUGUUGAAAUUGACAACCAACAUGCGUUUGUCGGUUGGAUCCAGUAGCUCAAACGUUGAGGAGAUAAACGAAUUUGGUAAAUGGCUUCUUGACAUCGGCGAAGGUAAUGUUGGUGAUUCUAUCGAUGGUGAUGGAAAUAUUGAAAUACCUGAUCAUCUUUUGAUAACUGAUGAAAAUGAUCCAAUUCAAGCUUUGAUUGACUUUGUAUAUCCUUCAGUUUUGGAUCGUUUUAAAGACCGUGACUACUUUUCUGAAAGAGCUAUACUCGCUCCUAAGAAUGAAGUUGUUCAUGAGAUAAAUGAUCGUUUGCUUGCUUUGUUUCCGGGUGAAGAGGUAGAGUAUCUUAGCUCUGAUAGUUUAUGUCCUACUGAGGAAAUUAAUGAUCCGUUACAUCAAGAUUUAUAUAAUCCAGAUGUGUUAAACAGUGUGAAAGUAUCUGGAUUACCAAAUCAUAGAUUGGUAUUGAAUUGGGUGUUCCGGUAA